CUAAAACAUAAUACAGUGCAAACAAACCAAACCAACCACCCACAGAUAACAGUACAUACAAGCAAGCGUCGUCAGGCAGGCCGGGUCAAUAUCAAUAGGGCAGGUAGGUACAGGGGGAGCAAGCGGAGAUGGGUCGGGGUCACAGGCCAGGUUCAGCAGGUAGCUAGCAGCGUAGUACAGGUCAGGCAGAGGGAUGGUCAGGGUCACAAGCCAGGGAUCAGAACAGGAGAAGUCAGCAGCGGUUCAGAUCAGGCAGGGUCAGCAAAGGAACAGAAACAGGAUGCAGGACAGAUACAGGGCCCAGGACAAACACAACACCAAGGCAGAGUCUGCAAAUCUGGCCAU